UAUACACAGACAGAAUCCAGUACACUCAAAACCAGCACAGAAAAACCAUUACCGCCUAUAAAUAGAACUUCCGAUUAGGCCUUUUUCGUUAUCAACAUUUUGAGGCCAGCAUUUCUCUUAGAGCUGUAUAUGAAAAUCAAUUACGAGUAAGAAAAGAAAACAGAUUAUCAAGCUUACUAGAAUUAUGGAAGGAAUGAGUGUGGAGAACAUGCACAAGAUAGUGGUGGCAGUGGAUGAGAGUGAGGAGAGCAUGCAUGCUCUUUCAUGGUGUCUCAGCAACCUUAUUUCUCACAACUCCACCGCCACGUUAGUCCUCCUCUAUGUUAAGCCCCCGCCAGCCAUGUACUCUUCCUUUGACGUUGCAGUGCAAAUGUUCUCGACUGAUGUGAUUACUGCUGUGGAAAAAUAUGGAACCGACUUGGUGAACUCAGUUAUGCAACGAGCAGAAACCGUCUACAGGAACUUCAACAAAAUAGUAAACGUGGAGAGAGUUAUUGGGAGUGGAGAGGCAAAGGAUGUGAUCUGUAAUACAGUAGAGAAACUUAAACCUGACACUUUGGUCAUGGGAAGCCACGGCUAUGGUUUCUUGAGAAAAGCUCUCCUCGGAAGUGUGAGUGAACAUUGUGCCAAGCGUGUCAAGUGUCCGGUUGUUAUCGUGAAGCAUCCUCAUGACAAAUGAAUACGUUUCCCGUCCAACUCUUUCCUAAAGCAUAUAUGAUGAAGGAUUCUGGCUUUCUUCCGGCAACCCUCUAAUAGUACAUAUGUUACCACCAAGAAGGGGAAGAAGGCUUGUAGAAAUGAUAAAUCUACAUUACAUGUCGACCUUGUGUUCGCUUGCAUCAUUUCAUGUAAUCACCAUGUGUUCGCUUGCAUCAUUCAUGUAGUCACGAGUUUGAAAUAUAUUGGACCGACCGGUUUAGCUUAUGAGGUCCUUUUUACAA